UAAAUCCACAAAAUAAAAGUUUUGAAUUUCGAAUUAGUACACCGUUGGCCUUACCUUUUUAUAUAAACCAAGAGAUAAUUGCAGAGGCUCCACUUAAAUCACACAUUCACAGUCUCUGAGAAAUUUCGAAAAUCUCCAUCUCCUCGACUUAGACAUGGCGAGUACCGCAGAUCCAGCUCCGACGAAGAAACCAAGGAGCAGAAAGGCGUUGAAACAGAAGAACGAGAUCGCGGAGACGCCUGUGUCGCCAGUCUCCGCCAAGGAGAAAUCGUCGAAGUCGUUCGAAAAAGAUCUGAUGGAGAUGCAGACGAAGUUGGAGACGAUGAAGAUCGAGAAGGAUAAGACGGAGGAGCUGCUGAAGGAGAAGGACGAGAUUCUGAGGAAGAAAGAGGAGGAGCUAGAGACGAGAGACGCUGAGCAGGAGAAGCUUAAGAUGGAGCUGAAGAAACUUCAGAAGAUGAAGGAAUUCAAACCUAACAUGACUUUUGCUUGCGGUCAAUCUCUCACACAGGCCGAACAAGAAAAGUUGAAUAAGAAGAAGAAGAAGGAUUGUCCUGAGACAAAGCGUCCAUCAACUUCGUACAUUCUGUGGUGUAAGGAACAGUGGAAUGAAGUCAAGAAGCAAAACCCUGAGGCCGACUUCAAGGAGACCUCGAACAUUCUGGGCGCUAAGUGGAAGUCACUUACCGCAGAAGAUAAGAAGCCUUACGAGGAGAAGUACCAGUUGGAGAAAGAAGCUUACCUUCAGGUCAUUGCUAAGGAGAAGCGCGAGAGGGAGGCCAUGAAGCUUCUGGAUGAUGAGCAUAAGCAGAAAACUGCAAUGGAUUUGCUUGAUCAGUAUCUCCAGUUUGUGCAGGAAGCUGAACAGGACAACAAGAAGAAGAACAAGAAGCAGAAGGACCCGCUGAAGCCAAAACAUCCCAUAUCUGCCUUCUUGGUCUAUGCAAACGAGAGGAGAGCUGCUUUACGCGAAGAGAACAAGAGCGUUGUGGAGGUCGCAAAGAUGACUGGAGAAGAGUGGAAGAAGUUGUCAGAUAAACAAAAGGCACCCUACGAAGCGGUGUCAAAGAAGAACAAGGAGAUAUACCUGCAAGCAAUGGAGGAAUACAAGAGGACGAAGGAAGAAGAGGCCAUGAGCCAGAAGAAAGAAGAAGAGGAGCUCUUGAAACUCCAUAAACAGGAAGCUCUCCAACUCCUUAAGAAGAAGGAGAAAACCGAUAAUCUGAUUAAGAAGGAGAAAGAGACCAAGAAGAAGAAGAACGAAAACGUUGACCCUAACAAACCCAAGAAGCCUGCUUCUUCAUACUUUCUCUUCAGCAAAGACGCAAGGAAGACUUUGACAGAAGAACGUCCUGGGACAAGCAACUCGACAAUCACAGCUCUAAUCUCAGUGAAGUGGAAGGAAUUGGGUGAAGAAGAGAAGCAAGUUUACAACGCAAAAGCUGCAAAGUUGAUGGAAGCAUACAAGAAGGAACUGGAAGAUUACAACAAGUCUGCGGCUACGACCAGUAGCUAGAAAAAUCUCUUAGAAAAUAUGUUCAAGUCCUGUUGAACAUUUCUUAUGCUUUGUUAACUCAAAUUACUCUCUUUAACCAAAAAAAAAAAAAAAUGGAUACAAGUUAUCUAAGCUCAGUAAUUUCUCUAAAUGAGUGUACUAGUAAUGUAAUCUUAAUAAUAAAUCGACUCGGGUAAAAACGUGGGGAAGGCCGUAUCAAUCUCUACCGUUGGAUUGAACCAAUCAACAACGUCGAACAUCGGAGAACUCUCCACGUGGCUGCAGAAGUCGCCGCUGAUAGUCCCGUAAUCGUAAAACGGCGGCGUAUUGGGGAACGAGAAAACGUCGUCAACGUCGUCAAGCCCGUCGGUUCGAACGGUUAAGCUGGUUUUGAGACUCUCGAGAAGCUCAUUAGGCUUUUGGGUAGUAGUAGUGGUCGGUUUGGGUCUGGUGUCUUGCUUCUCCGGCGAGGCUGGUGGAGGAGGAGGUGGAGGUGCGAUCGCCUGUGGGCAAGUGUGUGUUCCUCUGUACGUCACUUCGAAAACCGCUGGAUCACCGUCCGAUCUCUGGACUUGCUUCGUCGCGCAACAGUUCCGUGUGCUACGAUGCGUGCAUCUGUAAUAACUCCUGGGGAAUUUGGCGCCCAAAAUGUCUUUUUGGCCGUACUUUCUCCAGCUAUAAACAUCAUCUUGAGGUCCUUCUAAGCCUCUUUCUGGGUUAAUUCUCACUUUUUCUGACCAUUUUGGCAACAUCUUCCUUUUCUUUGAAUUGAAAAUGUAAUCCUGGCGAUGACUCUCGCUGGAUCCUCCUCCAUCGGUGGUGAAAUCUUCACUUCUCGGACUUCCGUUUAUAGACGCCGGAGAUUCCGGAAUGCGGACGGGAUUCGCCACCGGAACUACAGCAACCGGCGUCGGAAUAAGUUGUACGGACGGCGAGGGGGACCAGUUUAGCAUGAGAAGAGACUUCUCGUAGGAAGAAAGUAUCUGCUUCACUAGAGCCUCGUUCGUCUCAGCCGCCGCCGCCACCGGAGAAGAAGAUGAUGACGACGGAGAUGGCGAUGGUGCUUCCCCAUGUCGUGCGUGAAGCUUUUUUGCGGCCUCAAAUCCAAGAAUGAGCUCGCUUAGCAAUGUUUUCUGCUCCCAGCUUAACAUAUUUUUACCUUCCAUUUUGAAUAUAUGACUCUCAAAAAAGAUUGUUUAAGAAUUUUCGCAAAUUAUUAUAUACUUAACAAAUAGAGUUAGUUCAUCACUUUAAGAAAAAUCUUUGAUUUGAUGAGAAAGAUAUAGAAUGUGGGUAAAACUAUAAACAAGAAUGUGUCUCUUAUAGUAAUGAGUUAUAUAUUAUCUGAAUUUUGUGUUGGGGAUAGAAAGUAUGAUAUGAUGAGAAUGAGAGUGUUAUGGGGCUUGUGGAAAAAUUGAUGAGUGUUGGUUUGGAAUAU